CCGCGCCGCUAGAUGCCAGUCAACCUAGCCGCGCCAUCCACGUCGCAAUGCACGCCGUUCUCGCCAGCCCCUUGGCGCCACUGCUCUACCUCGUGGCCGCGUGCCUCGUUUCUGCGUUCAACGAUCCUGCCUCAGACUUACCAAGAUUUGCCAAGCCUUUGAACAACCUCACCGUUUCGGUGGGCCGGGAAGCUGUGUUCGCCUGCAUCGUCGAGAACCUCGGCCCCUACAAGGUGGCCUGGCUCCGAGUGGACACGCAGACGAUCCUGACGAUAUCGAGUCACGUGAUCACAAAGAACCACAGGAUCGCAGUGACGCACAGCGGGCACCGCACCUGGUCCCUGCACAUCAGGGACACCUGCGAGACUGACAGGGGCUGGUACAUGUGUCAGGUCAACACCGAUCCCAUGUCGAGUAACACGGGAUUCCUCGAAGUAGUCGUGCCACCGGAUAUCCUGGACGACUCGACGAGCACGGACAUGAUGGUGAACGAGGGCAGCAACGUGACGCUGCGUUGCGCAGCGACCGGUACUCCCCGGCCGACCAUCACCUGGCGUCGCGAGGCCGGUGGUAGCAUCUCUUCGCAGGAAGCCGGCGGAGCAGUGGUGAGCGCGGAGGGUUCGCAGCUGGAAAUAACGCGCGUCAACCGGCUGCACAUGGGAGCCUAUCUGUGCAUCGCUUCGAACGGUGUGCCGCCGACAGUCAGCAAGCGAAUCGUCCUCAUCGUCCACUUUUCGCCGAUGAUCCACAUCGAGAACCAAUUGGUUGGCGCUUACGAGGGCCAGAAGUUGAUGCUGGAGUGUCGCAGCGAAGCCUACCCUCGGCCGAUCACCUACUGGACGUCGCCGGCGAACGAGACGAUAAACAACGACGGCCACUACAAAGUCGAGUCCUCCACCUCAGGCUACGAGACGACGAUGAAACUCGUGAUCAGGUCCGUGCGGAGCCAGGACUACGGGCUGUUUCGCUGCAUAGCGACGAAUUCCCUGGGAGAGACCGAUGGAAAAAUCACGCUGUACAGUAUAUCGAGGCCGAGCUCGGUGCGCAAGUCGAACACGAGGCGCGACUCGAAAAAGUUCUGGAGCCAGGAGCACGGCUAUGAGAAGACAGUUGCAGGCACGAUGGAGGAGUCGUCAUUCAGGGACGACGGCGACGCGGAAGACGACGACUCGGAAUCUUCGGCGCGAGGACCACUCCAGCAGCCAGUGCUGCUACUGCUCGGCUGCUGCGUCACGAGCUCAAUCAUCGCGCGAACAUUGCCUUCGUAGAUCACGAGAACCGAGUCAUUCACGCGUGUACACACGCGCACGCGGGAUAUUAUACACGUGCGGCGAGGCUCUGGGGAGGAGGGGGACACACGAGGCACAGAGAUCGACACAGCGAGUCGAGCCGCGCUCUCGCCACCGCGACUUCCAAUUAAACUUCGAAAUCGCGGUCGCAAUUCGAUUUACUGCGGGGGCGCACGGCCGCGACGAAGACUGCGCGACAAUUUCGAUACACUAGCCCGUGAAAUUUCCAGCGACGAGACGGGGGCGGCAGGGGAGAGCGAGCCAUCAGCGGCAGUAGUCGCUUCGCCGUUCCUCUUUUCAGCGUGUUUUGCCGCACUCACUAUUCUGUUCUGCCAUAUCGAUUCAAGCUCGCUCGCCUACACGUGCGGCUUUCAGCUGAUGUUGUACAUAUAUACGUAUGUUGGGAUAUCGCUCGGUUACCGCGGUGUACACACACACACACACACACUCACGGACGGACGAUAUUCCUCGACGAUCACUGCCACGCUUAUCCGUUUGACGUUGCGGUCGACGUCGCUCGCUUGUGUUGAUUUGGAAAAGCUCUUUCGCGUAUAUGAUCCGUGUACAGAAUUGAUAAUUAGGACAAUUUGCGUCGGAGUGAGAGAGAUGGCGAGGAAUGAACGUUGCAACGAACGCGUGGCCCGGGGAAUGAGCGCUUUCAUUUCGCGUAUGGAGCGAGGAACUCCGCGGGAAAAGCCCGCGGAUUCUUUCGAGUCUCGCGCAAAAACAUCGAGUUUACAUGUCAAAGACUACCGCUAAUUAAAGCGCCUGCUCCGCUUCGCGUUUGCUGAACUGGCAGGAAUUUUUUCUUCGGAAUAAGCCCGAGUCAGAUUCAAUGCUUUGUACAUGAAUAUGCAUUCAAUUAGAAUAAUGUUGAAUAAAACGGCUCAAAGGGCUUAUUUAUGCGCUAGGUGAGGAGCGGAGUGAAGUGCGAUUGAAAGAGGGCAUUUGCCGCUAUGUCAUGAGUACGCGAUCGAUUUACUCGGAUACCCGUGUAUAAGGAUGUAUACUAUAUACGGAAAUCUUGUUUUCCCUAUCGCACGUUUACCCAUGCAGUAUACGCACUCGAGAAAAUCUCGAGACGUAAGUCCUCCUGAAGUGAACGAGCACGUGCCUCUCUUUCUCUCUUCGGUUACAGCCUCGAGUCUUUCUUUUUCAUCGCGUUGUAGCAUGUGAAUAUCGUGACUUUAAUUGCUUCUUUCCUUUGACGAUCUAGUAGUUUACGACUGAAACUUUGUUUGACGCACUGGCGCUUCUCACAAGAUCGUUUUUAUACUUGGUUAUGACUAUAUUAGUAGCUGUCCUGAACAAUGUUUAGCGACGAAUGCCAAAUGAGAUUAAAAACGAACUUCUGGAAAUUCGUUUCGAAUGAUGAAUGCACCGUACUUUUAUUCACGUAUAUCGGUUGUAAGAAAGUGUACAAAGUAAUUAAGAAACAAGGACGAUACGCUAGCAAUAUUUUAUCCGUUCUCACUAUGAUUCGAGUUCGGUUGAUUCGGUUUUAAAAGUUUAAUUUUCUCGAUACGGAUGAUUAAUUAAUGUGCGAGUACAUUAUAGGAUACUUCUUGUAGUGAGAAUAAAAUUGAAUCGCGUAUAUAAGGCAUAAGGAACACAUGGGAGCAAUAGUUGUUGAAAGAGAAUCGAUGAACUUGUAAUUAUAUACAUAAAUAUAUGCAAAUUUUUGCAAAUGUGUAAAACAUAAUAUAUGAUUAAAUCCAUGUAAUGUAAACUAUGAUUAACGAACCGCUAAGAAAGAACACUGUUUCGUUUCUUUCUCGUACAUUAUAGUUGUUCAUUUAGUAUAUACUAGCUUAAUUUGUACAUACGCAAUCACGAUAACCAAAGACAAUGUUAGAUGUGUUAAUAUUAAAGUUUGAAAGAUUAAGGUGCGUGUACGUGUUCUCAGUGCUUUAAAAUGCAAUUGUUGUGUACAGGGUAGUGUACUCGAGACGCCUUGAUAUGGACGUGCUGUUUUGAAUUUAUCUGAUAUACACAGAGAACAGAAAAAGAAGAAAUCUGCUUCUUCGCAGACUCCAGCUCUUAUGGUUACAAUGCAGUCUAUAUGUAUGGUUCUGGUCUUAUAAAGGAGUUAUAUUAGUUUGAAAAAUUCAAUGACAGAGACAGCCCCAUAUUUCAUAUCAAGGCGCCUUAUAAACGCAAAUAUGAAUUAUAUAGAAUAAGCCUCAGGGACCGGUACAUAAUACAAACAAUACAAAUUUAUAUAACGUGUAUCUGAUAAUGCUGGAACUACUGAAUAUUUCGCAAUUGUACCAAAUUCAAAAGCAUGAGUGUGAAAUGUAAAUAUUUAUCUGCAUCGUUGUGUAUUCAAAUAAUAAAUGUUAGCUACGCAAGAGUUA